GUAGAUAGGUUCAAUCGUGUCCUCAAUUCUGCGGAUUAAUUGAUCAAUCCCAUCGACGGCAAGUUACGCGACAUCCUUUCAAGGCCCUCAUCUCAACAAACUUCCAUACCACUCCGCCGUUGCACUGGUUGUUCGCUUCUUGACAUUCUCUCAAUUUAAUUUCUCCUCCCACACAUCAAUCAAAAUGUCUUCUCCCAGGGCCUCCUCACCGGCCAACGGCCCGGCCGCCGCGACUGGCGCCAGCGUCAACCGUCCCUCGUCGCCGACGCCUCCCGGUGGUGCCCGCACCGCCAUCCGCCGCAGGGCGGCCGCCGACCAGAAGGAGAAGAUCGCCAAUGCCCGGCCAAGCAGCACCCGCGCCGCCGGCGCUGGUGGCAGCAGCAGCACGAUGCUGAGGCUCUACACCGACGAGUCGCCCGGUCUGAAGGUCGACCCUGUCGUUGUUCUCGUGCUUUCUCUCGUCUUCAUUUUCAGCGUUGUUGCUCUUCACAUUAUCGCCAAGAUCACGCGCAAGUUCUCUAGCUAGAGAAUUAAGUAAUUUUGAUUGGUAGUUUGGGGGCGGAGUUUAGAAACGCAAUGGUUGGGUUUCGUAGCGAGGCCGCGUGGGCUUACGUCUAGGCACGCGCCAAGGGCAUCGUGAUGGUUUACUGACAGUACCAAUGACGAAGGCGUUUUGUAACGCCAGGCAUGUCGGCCAGAAUAAUCGUUUCCAUGUUACAUUGCUGGAUGACGGUGGCAGGCAGUGAGAGAAAUGGUUCAUCUCAUGGCUUGCAUUUUUUGGGCAUCAGCUGCGGUAACUCGAUCUGGUCUUGUUUAGGGUCCUUUUUUUUCCGGCGAAAUUAUUAUGUACAAAAUACUUGGUCUACAUGAGCGUCUUAUUUGGGCGGGAACAGGCUUAGUAGGAGUGGAUAUUCAUGAUGUGAACCGUCUGCCUCUUUUUAGCACGUGA